AUGACCGUUGUCGAGGAUGCCCCGUUAAUUAAGGAUAGUAAGCCACCUUUAGAUUCUAGAAUAGGUAGAGAUACUCCGUUUACCUUUGGUCAGAGAUUUUUAGAUGACGAAGAAAAUGUUUUUGAUCAUAAUGCAUGGGACCACGUAGAAUGGGGCGAAGAACAAGUUAAACAAGCAGAAGAACUCAUUGCAAAGCAAUAUGAUAAUCCUGUUAAAGAUUUUGACAAAAAAUUAUAUAAUGCUAACCCAGCCAAGUACUGGGAUAUUUUUUAUAAAAAUAAUAGAGAGAAUUUCUUCAAAGAUAGAAAAUGGUUACAAAUAGAGUUUCCGUCCUUAUAUAAAGUUACAGGUGAAGGUUAUGAUAAACCAACUACUAUUUUAGAAAUUGGUUGUGGUGCUGGAAAUACUUUCUUUCCUAUAUUGAAUCAAAAUAAGAAUCCAAAUUUAAAAAUCGUAGGAUGUGAUUACCUGAAAGUCGCAGUCGACUUAGUUAAGUCUAACGAAAACUAUCCAGAGAGCAACGCGAAAGGUAUUGCUUAUUCGUCAGUAUGGGAUUUGGCCAAUCCAGAUGGUGUAAUUCCAGAAGACUUAGAACCACAUUCUGCAGACAUUAUUAUAAUGGUUUUCGUGUUCCUGGCCUUACACCCUGAUCAAUGGGUGCAUGCGGUUAACAACUUAGCAAAGAUUUUAAAACCAGGAGGGGAAAUACUAUUCAGGGAUUAUGGUAGGUAUGAUUUAGCACAAGUUAGGUUUAAGAAGGGUAGAUUGUUAGAUGAUAACUUUUACAUUAGAGGUGACGGAACAAGAGUGUAUUUUUUCACGGAAGGGGAAUUGAGAGAAAUUUUUUGCAAGAAUGGCCCAUUUGUAGAAGAGAAAAUCGCUACAGAUAGGAGAUUAUUAGUUAAUAGAAAGAAACAAUUAAAAAUGUAUCGUAACUGGUUGCAAGCUGUAUUUAAAGGGAAGAGCGAAUAA